CGGCCAUUUCAUUGAGUUCCUAUUCGUACUCCUCAGAUGAUUCAGACAGACAAAAGUCCGACCAUAAAAGAUCGAGACCAGCUGUACAAGAUGAUAAUCUCGCAGUUGUUCUACGAUGGUCACCAACAGCUCGCGGUGCAGCUGAUCGGCGCCGUGAAACUUCAGCAAGCCUGUCCGCCAUCCGACAGACUUCAGCAUGUUGUGCAACUUGGACUACAAACGGAAGCGGAUCAGAAAGGGCACCAGAUCCUCACAGGAUGUGGGCCGCAAGAUUUGUACUCCUUGGGACCGGGUCUUGACUUGGAGUACGAAACCGAGUCAUCGAUGAUGGUACCUGAGCCGGCACAAUACGAGACGAUCUACGUCACAUCACACAAAGCUCAGUGCCGCGCCGGGGCUUUCAACGCGGAUGGGACGCUCAUAGCCACAGGCUCCGUCGAUGCGUCGAUCAAAGUGCUCGACGUCGAGCGUAUGCUCGUGAAAAGUGCGGCCGCGCCUUCGGAGGGUCAGAACGAGACCAUCCAGCAGCAAAUGGAGACUCACCCGGUCAUUAGGACGCUGUACGAUCACAUAGAAGAAGUGACCACGCUAGCUUUUCACCCCAAAGAGCAAGUCCUCGUCUCGGGCUCGAGGGACUUCACGAUUAAAAUCUUCGACUACUCCAAACCUUCGGCGAAACGCGCUCACAAAACAAUUCAAGAAUCGGAACACGUCAACUUCGUCUCAUUCCAUCCCGGCGGUAAUUACAUGCUGGCUGCCGUGAAUCACCCCGUGGUCCGAUUGUACGACGUGAACACAGCGCAGUGCUUUGUUUCAUCGGUGCCGGACGAUCAGCACAAAGGAGUUGUCAACAUGGUAAACUGGUCGAAGACAGGGCAAAUGUACGCGUCAUGCUCAGCCGACGGGUCGAUCAAGAUCUGGGAUGGUGUUUCCAACAAAUGCGUCUGCACGUUCACUCAAGCGCACGAGGGAUCGGAAGUUUGUUCCGUAUACUUCACGCGCAACGGCAAAUAUGUGCUCUCGUCCGGAAAAGAUUCCGUUGUGAAAUUGUGGGAGCUCUCUGUGAGCCGCUGCCUCAUCGCCUACACCGGAGCCGGCGCGACAGGCAAACAAGAGUACUGCGCUCAAGCCGUACUGAAUCACUCCGAGGACUACAUCCUUUUCCCGGACGAGAAAACCCUGUCUCUCUGUUCCUGGGAUUCGCGAAAUGCGGAACGGCAACAACUUCUGAGUCUCGGCCACAACUCAACGGUCAGAUACUUCUGUCACUCGCCGACAAAACCCGCGUUUCUCACUUGCUCCGAUGAUUACCGUGCGCGGUACUGGUUCCGUCGUACAGAAAUAAGCAAUAAGUAGCCGGGAAGUGGGAUUCAUUGUAUACUCUCAUAAAAUCUGUAAAUUUCCUGGAACGGUCGAAUACGCGAUCGUUCGAACGAAUAAAAUAUA